AUGCUCACCGGAGAACUUAGAGAGCUGUAUGAAACCAUCCCCAAGACAGCUCGAGCCGACUGGAAUGAUUUAACUUCCGCCUUCAAAACCGCCUAUCACACUCAAACUCGCACUCAAGAAGCUCUUGCUGCUCUUAGUGCCGCGUCUCAAAAUAGUCAGAGUGUGGAUGAAUUCUCCAGGAAAAUCAGAGAGCUCUCCAUCGGAUCGUAUCCAUCAAAUACCGCCGCUCGCGACGCUUCUGCUCUAGCCGCCUUCCUAGCCGGUCUUGAUCCAAAACUGCGCCGGAAAGUUCGUCGCAGAGAACCUACAUCUUUUGACGACGCCGUGACAAAAGCUAAAAAGGAAGAAUCGCUGCAAAAACUAGAAGAAAGGGAGUCUGCCUUGUCUGCUGCAGUAAACGCCACCGUCCAGGCUUCAGUCAAUGCCGUGUUAAACGAAAGAAGAUUCCAACCACAGGAAUGCCACGAGGAAGACCUUUUACAUAUCUCGACGACCUUCUUCUGA